UUUGAUACCAAUCACAUGUGUUGGAGAGGACAAAGUAUCACAUGACUUUCACAUGGCACUAACGGCAUAGAGCAUUAUAGGAAAACAAACACACAUUGCUACCUAGUGCAUGUUAAUCAUCGUUAAGAAAACAAUCACUCUGAUAAAAGACACAAUCUUAAAACUUUUUUGACACAUUUUAUGGUUUUGUAUAACAAAUUGUAGCGCAGGAACUCUUUGAAAACAAUGCAUUGUCACGGGUAUAUAUGUUGUAAAAUUUCAUUUCAUUUAUCCCUAUUCAAGACAUUAUAUAUGCAGUGUACGAUUUUGUCACGUGUAUAUCUAUAUGGGCUGUGGAAACAAUACAAAUCACAAUAUGGGGUCUGUCCUAGGACGUUUCCAUGUCUUUGAUUUGUUUUUUUCAACAGUCAGUCUCAUAUAUAUAUCGCUCUAAAUUUGAAUUUAAAAUAUGAUAUGAAACACGACAAUAAGCUGCGACGUAUGACAUUAUACACGGACAUCGACGACAUUUGACAAUACGACACGACAUUAUAUUGUUAAAUGUCAUGUGUUGUUUAAAUGUCAUGUGUUGUAUUUCAAUGUCAUCCAUCGUGUCGUAUUGUCUAACAUUGUAUCACGUGGAAUCAAUUGUCAAACGUCAAUCUCCAAGGGCUGCUUAUGACAUUUUUGUAAAUGUGUAUUUAUCAGAUAAAAAUGUCAUCUCGUGAUAAUUAAUGGGACAAAUUAUUAUAGUUCUUAUAGUAUCUCUUGAAAUAGUUUUAAAAUGCCUAACUUUGAUUGGUCUAAACGUAACAUUUGAUAAAAAAUACGUCCAUUUAAUAGCUAUAUGACUGUUGUUGUAGUUCUGAAGAAGCUGUAGCAAACUUUUUAAUAAAUCAAAGAUGAAUAUAAUAUAUACUGUUUUUCAUCGUCAAUGAUUGAUAACGUAAUGUGUGUAGUACUAAGUGCGCAAUGUUCAUGCUCAGCGAUUGAUAACGUAAUGUGUGUAGUACUCAGUGUGCAAUGUGCAUGCUCAGUGAUUGACAACGUAAUGUUUUGAGUACUAAAUGUUUAAUGUUCAUGCUCAGUGAUUGAUAACGUAAUGUGUGAAGUACUCAGUGUGCAAUGUGCAUGCUCAGUGAUUGACAACGUCAUUGUGUGCAGUACUAAAUUUUCAAUGUUCAUGCUCAGUGAUUGAUAACGUAAUGUGUGUAGUAAUCAGAGUGCAAAUGUUCAUGCUCAGCGAUUGAUAACGUCAUUGUGUGUAGUACUCAAUGUUCAAUGUUCAUGCUCAGUGAUUGAUAACGUAAGCGUGUUUAGUACUCAGUGUGAAUGAUCUUUAUCAGUUUCAGUAAUAUUUAUUUAGCUUUGUUUAAAGAGUUUUAACAUCUUAAAUGCUGGCAUAUAUUUUCCCAAAUGAUAAAUUUCACAAUUGCAAUGUUCAUGCUCAGCGAUUGAUAACGUAAUUGUGUGUAGUUCUCAGUGUUCAAUGUUCAUGCUCAGUGAUUGAUAAUAUAGUAUUCAGCGUCAAGUGAGUAACAGAGAUUAAUUCAGAAAAUGAUUAAUUUAUCAAGGGGGGUAAUCAUGAAAGAUCAAAUGUCACGAAGCAGUUACAGCAGUUGUCUCUCUUCGGAAGUACCUAUCGAUUGAAAAUCUAAUAUGGAAAACAUACAAAGUAAACACGAAAAGCGAUGAAGACAUUAAAAUCUUAACAUCAAAGUAAAAUAAUUUGUGAACGUUCUAGAUUACACAUUUCGCAAAAUACCUCCAAAAUCAUCUUUUAUUCAAUGAAACUGAAAUAUUUGUACAAUCUAAACGACUAUUCCCGAUGUGGGAGCAUUUAUGUUUUAUGUUCACUUCACGUGACCCCCAGAGGGAGUGUGAAAACAUGCUUAAAUUCUCAUUGUACCAGAGAAAAGAAAUUGGUUCACUCAGAGAGUGUGUAGUACUGCAGCUGUGUAGUGAGAGCACACUGCUUUGUGAUAUUUAUUUCUCGGUCUUGCCCCAACAUUUACAUUAACUUUAACUUAAUUUACAUGUGAAAUUAGCUGGAUGUAGGACAGGAUAAGCACGAUGAUCAUGAACAGCAGACAUGUAGAAAGCACCAUCAGUUGCUCGGAGACGAGUGGAUACUGCCAAACACAAUACAGUUAUUUAAUAGCUACAAAUCUACCCGGAUUUUACCAGUGUAAUUCGGGACAGAAGUCGGGACAGAAGUGCUCAUGUGUAAGUCGCCGGAGAAAUAUUGUAUGGUUGAUAUUUCUCAUCGGAGUGAUAUAUUACGUUAUAUACUUAAUUGGCUCAACAAAACAAUAUCUGUAUAAAGUGGACACUUACUCUUUACCUUGUGAAAUGCCGAUAUUAGACCCUUAUGAUGCGGACCAAAUGAAGAAUGUAAAACUUUCUGAACCUUUUAUAUGUGACAAUACUCCAUUCCUAGUUUAUAUUGAUAAAGAGAAUUUGUUACAGUUCAAUACAAGCGCAGUGAAUAUAUUACAAAUAGCUCGUGAUUCUAUUAUGUGCACGUGUGAAAUCAUUAAGAGAGGUGUGGACACGGAUGAUGAGGUCACAUAUUCGGACACAUUCGAUUGCACACCUCCAUAUAACAUACCGUCCGAUUUUUUUAAAAUAACAUGUUCGUCUGCUGAAAAUGAACUAUUAAAUACAAUGCUUACGAAAAUACAUCGACGACGAAAUGAUUUGAAAAGUAAUUCAGACGGGUUUUUCAGUGUUAUACUGUUUGGGCUGGAUUCAGUGUCGAGAAAUAAUGCAAUCAGGCAAAUACCGAGGGCAGUAAAAUAUUUACAUGAGAACCUUUCUUCGAUCGACCUCCUCAUGUAUAAUAGAAUUGGUGGACACACAUUUGAUAAUAUCGUACCAAUGUUGACUGGACUUUUAGCAAACACUGACGAUAUUCCGUACUUAAACGAUGUAGGUACUCGUUUUGAGAAAUUACCAUUUAUUUGGAAGAAUUUCUCAGAGAAUAAUUAUGUAACAUUUUACGCUGAAGAUCAUUUGCAAUUCCACACGUUCAAUUUUAAGAAAGAAGGUUUUAAAAGACAACCGACUGAUCACUAUGUGAGACCAUUUUGGAUCGCUGAUUUUGAAUCGAGACCAACGAAACUUUUAUUCUGGAAAGAAGAUAUGAGCAGCUACAAUAAACGCAAAUGUUUGGCUAACAUUCCAAAAUAUCUUGUUCAAAUAAACUACUUAAAACAAUUUAUAGACACGUAUAAAGAUGUCAGAAAGUUUGGUAUUUCACAUUUAAAUGAGCUAUCUCAUCAAGAUGUUAACGACCUUCACCUUGCUGAGGAUGACCUUAUCGAAUUUUUUCGAUGGUUUAAAGAAGGCGAUCACCUUGACGACACGUUCCUCAUUGUAUACAGUGACCAUGGACCACGUGGUCAAAGUCAGACACAUCAGUCUUUAUUAGAAACUAAUUUACCUUUUUUGAGCAUCGUUCCACCGAACAAAUUUCGGUCAUCAUUUCCAGAAAUAAUUGAGAAUAUGAAGAGAAAUGCACACGUUUUGACAACACAUUUUGAUUUAUUCGCGACAUUGAAAGAUAUACUUCUUCGACAGUUUAAGGAGCCUUCUAUCACAUUUGUUCACAACAAACCUCGGGGAAUAAGCCUGUUUCGUGACAUACAAAAACAAAGAUCAUGUUCAGAGUCCAGUAUACCAGACCAAUUUUGUAUGUGUUACAGAUCGCAGAAACUGAACAUUACUAACAAUUCUGUGAUCAAACAAAUUGCUCAAGAUGUAGCCGACAAACUAAACCAGGCGUUAGCUGGUGCCAAAGGCUGUGCUCGCUUACAUGUGGCGGCUGUUCUAGAAGCUCAUGUUUUAGUUCAAGGAAAGCAAACUGUAGAAAAAAGGCAAGGGUUGUUUAACAAGAUUAGUAAUGUUGUUUCUGGGAGAGAUUAUGCUGAUUAUAGAAUAGUUAUUCAAACACAUCCGGGUAAUGCCAAAUUUUUUGCGACAUCGAAAAUUGCAGCAGACGGCAAACGUUAUGUGUUAGACAAUAUAGAGCGAAUAAAUAGAUAUAAUAACCAGUCGUACUGUGUCAGUGAUGAUAAACUAAGACCAUUAUGUUAUUGUGUAGAAUAAUGAUCCUGAUAUACAGACAGAAAUUGGUUACGUUUGUAUAGAGUUAUGCUCAUAGAUUUGUAUUCUUGCACAGUAAAGUAGAACAGCUCUACCAGACUAUUUCGUUGGUGAUGGUGCCGGUAAUUUACCCUCCCGACCACGGCAGUAAGCCACAAUGAAUUUACCAGAGCACAGUUCAGUCCCCGCAUUGUCCCUGGGCAAGCUUUCGACAGCAGAGUCCCCGUGCAAGAUUUCCGCAGUGUCCUUGGGCAAGCUUUCGAGCAGUUUAAUUACCGGUACUAGAUGCCAUCUCUUACGCAAGGAUAACUUCUGUAACUUCUUUACAUACCAGAGCAGAGGUUCACUGUGAAUGACCGUAGAAAUGAUUUCAUGAUCAAUUACACCGUUCGUCUGUCCAUAGACAAUUGUUUUUUUUGCAGGAUACCUUUUAAAGCAUUACAACGAUUAUGUUUAUAUUUGGCAUACAAGUAUGUUAUGUCAUCACACAGUUUAAAUGCUGAUAAAGUUAUGCUCCUUUAUAUGCAUACAUGUAUUUUCUGUAAAAUUAUUGAUUGUCGUAAAGGCCAAUUAUACCUCAGGAAUGCUUUUUAAAAAAAAUAUUUUUGAUGUCCGUUUUUUUCCAAAACGUUUCUCAAUGGCCUAUUACCAGAGUCAUCUUUUUCUUUAGUUGUAUGUUUGCAAUAUUAAAGUUAUAGUGAUUAAGUGUUUUGUAUGGAAGUCAAAAUACUACUCUUUUUACAUUUUGCUACUUUUGUGGCCCAAAAAAAUCACAUCUUCAGUGCUAUACAUCUAACAUGCUCUAAAGCCGUUAUCUGAACGAUAUAUAUCAUAUUUGCCAUUUUUACAGAAGGAAAUAUUUAUUCGUUUCAGAUGCAUAAUGUGGCUGUUAUUUGUCCAAAUUUGUGUAAAUUAUUUUUUGCCAUAAGGGGUUAUGCAGUUGUGCAUUUAGAAGAUUAAGUUUUGAACUGUAAAUAAGUAAUGCCCACAUUUUGGAGUAUUGCAAUUUUACUUUGUUUUAUAUCCUGUCAGAAAAGUUUACUAUCUAUCUAAUUUCUUAAAGGAUUAUUGUCUCUUCAAUACCUUAUUUUAGAAAUUGCCAUCGGGCGUAUAAUCCUCUGUUCUAGUGAAGUUUUUUUUCUCCCCUAUACCACUUUCUUACGAGUUUUCUCUAUUUGAUGUCAAGGGACAUUUUCAGAUGCCCAGGAUCUUCUUAUAUUGAA